CACUUUGCCAAUUCUCUAAUUUGUUCGACCGUCACCUCAACAAGAGAGAUCUUCCUAUCCAUCACGCGCCCUAGCACGCCUUAGCAGCACAGCUUCACCCGCCUCAUCGGACACCAGCUCUCUUCAACUCCAUCCGACCAAGCAGACUUUACGCUCACGAUCGUCUCUGCCAAGAUUGAGGCUAUCUGUGCUCCCGACGAGAACCACUCCAGAUCGUCCCUUCUCGACACCUGUGCUUGCCGUACCGGACGACUACGUCCUCUAUCCAGCUCAUCAUGAGCCAACCAACCCUUGACGGCCUCGAGACCCAUCAGUUAGAGGCCCUAUUACACCAGAGUCAAGAGCAAGCUCGCGCUGCCGAGAUCCAGGCUCGCGCCAUUGAGAAUCAGCUCAAAGCUCGAUCUUCAGUGCCCACGCCAUCCUUCUCAGAUUUCGACACUGUACCGGGGAAUUAUCGAGUCUCUUCCUCGGGUUCACCAGCAGCCAGCAAUGUACGCUCACGAAGCAACACAAUACCCCGCAGUGUGGGAGGUGUCGGCAUGGUCCCGACUUUGAGCUUCAACGGCAACCAUGCACCGCAACCGCCACUGGAGCAAAGUCGCCCUAUGAAGCGCUCAAAGACCACUCAUCCCACCACGCCGGCCACUGCUGCCACCACAGUGAGAAUGGCGAGAUCCCGCUCAAGCGCAUCGGCCCAGCCCGCGUACAGGCCGCACAACCCAUUUGCUGGAUCCGGCCCGGUUACCCCGCCGUAUCCCCGGCCUGCGCGGAACAGCCUGCCAGCUACCCACCCCAGUUCCACGAUACUGGAAACCGCCUUCAACCUCAACCAGUUGCAGCGGCCUACGGCUACUGCCUUUCUUUACGGGAAUCCCAGCUUCCAUGCCCAGCUUCCUCAACGGCCGUUGCCGAUGGGGUCACUAGCAGAGACUGGCAUGGAGAUGAAUCCAGCUGAUUUUAUCUCCAUGUGGGACCAGGAGGAAAUGGCCAUGACAUCGCCUCUACAUACGCAGCCCAUUGGUAUCCCUACAGCCAGCCAUAUCGGCCACUUCCAAUAUCCUGGCGACUCUGGGAACCCGUCAGUGUGCGGCUCCUUAACAUCGGCACCUACUCUCGAAACCGUCCCGAUGACAAGGUCCAACAGCAAUCUAAACGACAAUAUGCCCAAUCACUUUGCCGAAAUGGUUCGCAUAGAGUCUCAGCAACCGAGUCCACGAAACCGCCGGGAAAGCUAUAGUCAACCGCAGCCCUUCACGACCUCGCUGUUGGGAAAACGGUCAGCGUCCGAUCCUGAUUUCCUGGAUGCCGACACCAAUGGGCUUCCAGUCUCGUUCGAUAGCCACCUUUACUCUGCGUCGGCACCCGCAAACACACUUUCCUUGAGCAACCAAUACCAGAUGGGGAACUUGGUACUGCAAUCAACCUCUGAAUCUCCGGCUGAAGACGACAUCGAACAAGAACUGGAUCAGCACCUGUCCAUGGAGAGAUCGGAAUCCAAGGAUAGCGAAAAGUCAAACCAGUCCCAGUCGUUGAAGCAUCGUGCCAAGGAGGCUCUCGUCCGUCAAAACGUCAACGCCUCCAAGUCCCGACAUCUCCAGCCCAAACCUGCCACAGACGCUACCAAAAUGGAAUCUUCGGAACCGGCUGGUGUGGCUGGCAAGGACGGAAAGGCCGUCAUCACCAAGACCAAGUACGAGCGACCCAAGCACCCCAAGGUUAAGUGCCUUCAGUGCAACGAGAACCCAGAAGGCUUCAGGGGCGAGCACGAGUUGCGUCGACACACCGAAGCGAAACAUAACAUGUUGGUCAAGAAGUGGGUCUGCCGUGAUCCAGCUCUCGACGGCAUUCCCCAUUCGGAAAAGGCCGUCAAGCCUCUUGCGGAUUGCAAGCAAUGCUCGCAGGGAAAGCAAUACGGAGCGUACUACAACGCUGCUGCUCAUUUGCGCCGAACGCACUUCAAGGUCAAGCAGUCGCGCAAGGGUGCCAACUCCAAAGGUGCCAAGAGUGGCGCUGGCCAGGCCAGUAAAGCUGAAGAGGAGAAGCGUGGUGGAAAAGGUGGCGGCGACUGGCCUCCUAUGUCCGAGCUCAAACACUGGAUGGUGGAGAAGCUGGUUCCCAUGGACCAAGAGGGCGCCUUCAACCAAGACGGUGCUGAUUCCGACGGCGGGGUUGACCCUGAAGACACGGAGAAUGGACUCUUCGACGCUCAAUACGUUCAGGCCGGGUUCGGGCUCGCGCCCAGGACAGGUGUCUUUGAUGUAGCUGCCUUUGCCGGCGUAGGUGGAAGCUUCCAGGAUUUCGACGCGUUGAACGCCACAGCUUUCCCCAACGUGAACGGAGAACUGGGCCUACCAAGUUCAGGUCUCCUCAUGGACGCUGGCCUAUAUGUGCACCAGCCAAUCCACUCCAUGCCCAUCGCUUCGGGAUUCGAUUUUGGCACGGCUCCGGAUGCGCCGCAACAACAACAACAACAACAACAACAUGCCAUGCCACCCGCCAUGACGAGCACCGACAAUCACAAUUACACAUCCCCUGUCUCGUCGACUACCACGAUUACCCAAGUCGGCUUAUCAGCGGAACACCAAUUUCUCAUGGCACCGGCCAUGCAAGCCUCGCAGAACGAUGUGCCGGAUAUGUCCUUCGAUCUGAUGUUUACGGCUGGCGCACAGUGACGCCGACUUGCUAAUGGUCGUCUAUCUGGAUUCUUGCCUUCGACGUCCGGCUUUUUCACAUGAAAUCUUUCUUCCUCGUCUCUUCAUGACAGCGUUUUCUUGAGCCGCAUUACGCCUUCGAUUCUUCUGCUUCCUAUGCCGGCUUUAUAUUUCCCCGAUUUCACUCUGUCUGGUCUUGGUCCUCUGGUAGGGCACAGGGGCGUGGUGGAUACGUUCCGCAAUGGUUCCGCAGGUGUCUCGCUUCGCUCGGGAUCCUCGAACCUUGACGCAGACCCUGAUCGUCGCACACAUGGAUCAACUGUCGCACGACCUCGAAUUCAGAAUGUCCAUGGCGCUUUGAGCAGCACAGCCCCCGUCGGCCGAAACAAGGCCUUCAGCCAGAAGCUCACCCGACAUGCCGCGAGUUGACAUCAUGACGACCAGGGCACUCCAUAUUGCCCCGUCUCGUCCUUUGGGUGUCACUAGGGUCCGGCGUUAGCACCCAUCUUUGGAGAAUCCUUUUGUUUUCUUGUCACCUAUUGUGGUUUUUCUACUUCAGCGUUCUUACAUCACUGUUUCAGCUUUCGGUACGACACGACACAAGCAAGCAAGCAUAAGCGUCAAGAGGCAUUGCGUGUACAGGUUGUUUGGGUAGUACAGGAGAUUCAGCCCGACGGCGAACGGUUAGCGGGUAGCGGCGGCGUUCCGCAAGUGGUGUUUCGGAUAAGGGACCGUUAGGUUCUGUGUGUGUUUUUCUUUGGGGGGCUUUUUGUUUUUUUUUUUGGGUAGGCUGUCUUGCAUGUUCCACGCACGGACAUUUGGCUUUACGUGGUUUUUCUACGAUACGAUUACCCCCUUGUGUUCGUUUGUUACUUGUUGAUGUGUUGUCAACAAAUCCUGGUUUCUGUACACAGCGAUUUCCCAGGUCCUUUUUUUCGUCGUUCUUGGUGUUUAUGGAUUUGAGCCGGCGGCAGAUAUACAUUACAUGGGUAUCUCUUUGGAUAAGGGCAAUUUGACAAAAAGAGAGCAAUUGGGGAAAAGAGCAGCAGACAGAGAGAGAGUGUGUGUGUGUGGCAGGGCCACAUGCCAGUCUGCCUUAUCAGAUAUCAAAUACCAAAUACCAGAUACCGGA